AGAUGCAGCUGUUCUUAUCCCCUUGUUGUGGAUUAGCUGAUCUGUAUGCUUGUGCAAAGUACUAAAUACAGGCAGUUCUUUGCUUAUCUUUUCUUUCUGCCUUUUGGUCUACUGGUGUAAGUUUUACAGACUCUACAGGGGUCACAGCGACUGUGCUUUGGAAUAUGCAGUUUGCCACAGAUUUUUGACAAAAAGAAGAAAGUUACAAGAGAUAAACAGUGGAAAACAAAUUUUGAAAGUAAGCAGUUUGAAGACUUCCGUUAUAACAGAAAAAUAAAGAACACUCAUUCCUGCAUCACCAUCAGACUGCUCUGUCAAGUGCCUUUAUUGUCUUAUUUAGAUCUGAUAUGGCCUGAGUUUCCUCCCUUAAUAUCCAUUUGCUGUGUAUUGUGAAGAGCUUGCAUCAGUAUGGGGAAUAAUAACAGCACUGCAGGAAAUAAGCAAGAUGAUGCUGCAAUAGAUGCAGUCACCUUAACUCCAGACCAAGGUGAACAGGUGAAUGUUUCUGCUAACAGUAUAAAAGGAGAUUCAGGUCAAGUGACUGACACUAUUAAGGAUAAUAAACAAGAAAAGAAAAAGGAUACACCUUCCGGAACUGAAGAAGAAAUCUCCCAGAAACCGGACUUUGAAACUUACAAGUCUGCAGACGGUGCAAGCUGUAGCAGUGAGUGGGGGGAUGUAGGAUCUGCUCAGAAAAGAUGGGAAACUGGUGAGGAUGAGGAGGCUAUAACAACUUCUGGCAACUACCUCCUAGAUGGGCUGGACAUCUUUGAAGAUGCUCUCUCUUAUUUCCCUCAGAUAAGCAGCAUCACUUUUGAAGACAGCGGAGACAAGCCUGUUGGAGAGCUGCCUGAUCCAAACUCAUUUCUUGGAGCUUCAGAAACUGGAGAUGGAACUAAUAUAUUUCAGAGAGUUGAGGAAAAGCUGGAAUACCAAAGCUAUGACUAUCCCCAAGAAAUUUCAGAAAAAGGUGAUGUAAGUACAGGGCUGCAAGUGCCUUUACCAGUAAAUAUAACUAAGGAAAGUGAAGUUUGUUUCACAGAAGAUAUUCCAGAAACAUCUGAAGCCAGGAGUCCUGAAACUAAUGCAGUUUUAAGUCCACUUUCUGUUGUCACACCGUCUUCUGUUAGUGAGAGCCAGGUUAGUAGAGCCAAGAACAUAUAUUUAGAUGACAUGGGCUUGGAAGAUGGGCACUCAUUCCUUUUGCCUUGUAAGAAAACAGACAAAGACAGUCCUCUCAGUGUAAAUGGACAAACCAGUGACAAUAAAGAUUUAGGAGCCACCACAAAUGCUGCUGACUUGGAAAAAGACAUUCUACAGACAGCUGCAAGAGUGACACAUGCUUUAGAUCUGACUCAUCAGCUGCCUGGUGAGGUCGCACCAAAUAUUACAAUUCCACACCAAGGCAGUGAGGAAAGAGCUCAAAUUACAAUUCUGAAGAGUGAAGAUAUUUCUACAUUAUUAGGUCAAGGACAGAAAGGAGAAUCUGUAAGUGGAGAGAUUAUAGAACAGGUACAUGAAUUAAAGAUACCAUUAACUGACAAUGAAGAUCAUUUCCUAAGUUGUACAAAAACAGGGGGAAAACAAAAUGAGAAACAUGAAGCAGAAGCUUUUAUGUCCAGCGAGCCUCAGCUUAUUGAUGAGACCAAGCUGAUAAGCAGUGAAAAUAGAGUUGAAGAACAAAAUCUAGAAGGAAUGUGCAACAGAGAAGCUGACUUUGUAAAGUCAGAUGUAAUGGUUAGCCUGGAAUGUCAUUUGCAAGAACCAGCAAUGCAGGACCAGUCUGGGCCUCAGCUAACUGAUGCAUCUGAUCAGGUAAGCAGUAAAAGUAUAAUAGUGGAAGAAAAUCAAGAUGGAUGUUUUAACAGGGGAGCUUCCUUUUUAAAAGCGGAAGUAACUGCAAGUCUGGAAAAUCAUUCUCAGGAACUGGUAAUGCAAGAGCAGUCACUUGUAACUCGGAAUACUGAACCCACUGAAAUAUUGCCCAUGGUACAGAAUGAAGAGAUGGAAUACAACACAAGUAUGCAUAUUCCUUGCCUUGAGACUGAAGGAUUGUCCAAGAAACUGGAUUCUUUAUUCAGUUCGGAAACUGUUAAUGAACAAUUCAUAACAGUGGGAACUUUGUAUACUGAUUAUCCUCACACUGCACAUAGGGACAGCUGUAAAGAAAUAACAGGGGAUAGUGUUUUACAUGAAAGAAUCCAGUCAGUGCCUGAUAGACUGGAAAAUACUCUGCGGCCCCAAAUACCAGAUAUGAAACAUUUUUCUGAUGUGGUUGUAUGUGAAGAGAUUCCACCGGAUCAUAUUGUUGAAGAGCAGCUUAGAAACCUGAAUUUAAGAGAGAUCUCUUUAGAAGUAAGCAAAGAACUUGAAGAGAAGAGUGAACCAGGGGUUUCUCAGCUUUACCAUAAUGGAAGUGAUGAAGCUGUAUUCAAGCCUAUCGAUGAUGCUUUGAAAGCAAGCAAAAACCAUGCUUGCUUACAAGAUGCUGCUGAAACUAAAAGCAUUUCUAGCACAGAUGUUGCAGAUGUAGUUUGUAGUAGUCCUAACAAUGCAAAACAAGAUGAAUUGAGCAAAGAAAAUGUUCUGUCAGACAAUAAUGCUUACAGUUUGCCAACAGUCUUAGAAACUGCAGGAAAAAAUGAUUAUUCAUCUUCUAAGAAUUUUGAAGCAGUAGCAAAAAGUAAUUGUAUCCUGCCUGAAGAUACUGACAUUGGUAUAGCACAUAAGGAUGAAAGUUUUGUAGUUAAAGAAAAUACAGAAGGAACGCAGGACAUGAACAUUUUUCAAGAAGUAUCUGAUUUUGGAAGUAGGUGCCAGGAAAUUCCUAAAGUACCAAAGGAAGAAGAGACCGAGGGCAGCUCUAACAUAUGUCCACAUGUGCAAGAUAUAUUGCCUGUCAAACUUAAAGGGGAUUGUGUAACAAAGGGAAAAGAAGGAGGAGACUUGCUAUCUGAAAGUGAAAAUGAAGAUGAGUAUUUUGAAGCCAGUCAUGUACACAAUAUAAUCUUUGAAGGCAGCGCAGGUACUACAGCGGACCUUUUCGCAGAAGGCAUUCCAUCUCCUAUGACCUCAGAUCAAGUUGCUGUCAUUCAGCAUCAAAAGGUAACUGUGCAGAUGACUGACCCUUCAUCUGAGCUUUGCAAGGAAAAUGGCCAUUCGGAAAAAAUUGACAGUGGGACAGUAAGCAAAGAAAAAACAGUGCUGGACCCACGUGACUCAACACUGGCAUCUAUGUCUUCCUUGCAGACUGACUUUUCAGAUGAUGUAGAACACAAAGACAAUAGCAUAAGUAAUCAUCUGGAACCAGAUAUAACCCAGACUGUUGGCUGGCCAGUGGCUAUUUGUGAUGAACAUGUGUUGUCAGAAUCUUUUGCAGAUACUGUAACAGACAAUCAAACUGCAGAUGUAAUUCAAACACAACAAGUCCUAGAGGAUCAAAAAGAGCAAUCUAUUAAUAAAGAACUAAGUCAAAGUGAAGAUGAAGAUAUCAGAAUUUUGACACUCCAUGACAACAACAGUCCAUUCACUACAGAAUCUGCUCAGCUUGUUCCAAGUCCAGCCAUUGAAGUAAAGGGGGCACAGUUUAGUUCUGUUAUAGAUAGAGAACAACAGAUACAUUCUAGUUUGGCAAGCAAUAGCAGUAUUAUUCAUGAAGAUGUUUUACAAGAAAUGACAGUUAAUGAUUCUGAAUGUGCCACAAUUUCCAGUGUUUUGGAACAUCAUGAAAUAUUAGAAAUUCCUGUGAAAUCAGAUGACGUGAAAUACCAAACUGACCAAAUGAAGGAAUGCCACAAUGAAACAGCCAGUGAAAUGUCUCAAGAUAGUUUAAACACUCACACCAAAUUUCAGGUACUGGAUUUACCUUUUGUAAGUAGUAGUAGAGAUACCAGCAGCAGCAUGUCAUUUAGUGAAAGCUUGCUUAAUGAUGAGGGCAAACAAAAAGAGCAGACCAGCACUGAAGAAAUGCCUCAAAUCACUACUGAAGUCAGCACUGUGGAUUUGCCGAAGAAUUUUUUCUCUGAUGCUGCAGGUGCAAAGGUACAGCAAGGUGUAGCAAACUUGCUGAACAAAACUGCAUUUAAUAUCAGCAGAGAGCAACAGGAAGCAAGUGAGCGAGUAGCAGUGGUUGAUGUUGACAAUGCAGUACAUCCUGCUCAUGAUGUUGCAGAUGAGCAUAACCAUCAUGGAGAAUCAGCUAUAGAUGUGUGUAAUCAACAUGGAGAAUUAGCUGUAGAUGUGUAUAACCUACAUGAAGAAUCAGCUGUAGAUGUGCAUAAUCAAUAUGACAAAUCAGCUGUAGAUGUGCAUAACCAACAUGAAGAAUCAGCUGUAGAUGUGCAUAACCAUCAUGGAGAAUCAGCUGUAGAUGUGUGUAAGCAACAUGGAGAAUUAGCUGUAGAUGUGUAUAACCAUCAUGGAGAAUCAGCUGUAGAUGUGUGUAAGCAACAUGGAGAAUUAGCUGUAGAAGUGUAUAACCAACAUGAAGAAUCAGCUGUAGAUGUGCAUAAUCAGUAUGAAGAAUCAGCUGUAGAUGUGCAUAAUCAAUAUGAAGAAUCAGCUGUAGAUGUGCAUAACCAACAUGAAGAAUCAGCUGUAGAAGUGUAUAAGCAACAUGAAGAAUCAGCUAAUCAGCUGUGCCAAUAA